UUUAAAAAUCCUUCAAAAAGAAGCGGCAAUUUUAAAGUUUCCCGCCUCCCACGAAUUUUUUUUGUGAUCCUAUAAUUACCCCCGAAUCAUCCCUCCGUCUCCAUCAGUUUUCUCGUCUGUUCCUGAUUGCUUUCCUUUAUUGCUGUCCAGAGAAACAAACAAAGAAAAUACCUUUUCGAAAUGGCUCGCACAAAACAGACAGCCAGGAAAUCAACGGGAGGCAAGGCGCCACGUAAGCAGCUGGCAACAAAAGCGGCUCGUAAAUCGGCUCCAGCCACCGGGGGAGUGAAGAAGCCACACCGUUUCAGGCCUGGAACAGUGGCAUUGAGAGAAAUCAGAAAGUACCAGAAGAGCACGGAGCUGUUAAUCCGCAAGCUUCCAUUUCAAAGGCUGGUGAGGGAAAUCGCUCAAGAUUUCAAGACGGAUCUGAGGUUCCAAAGCAGCGCUGUCGCGGCUCUCCAAGAAGCUGCCGAGGCCUAUCUGGUGGGGCUCUUCGAAGAUACCAAUCUCUGCGCUAUUCAUGCCAAGAGAGUCACCAUUAUGCCUAAGGAUAUUCAGCUUGCUCGGAGAAUCAGAGGAGAGAGAGCUUAAAAAUAGUUUCAUUUUCUUUUUGUGUUUGUCAUUGUUCCGGUUCCAUCUUUGUCAUUGUGGGUUUUGUUAUAUAAAUUUUUUGUUCAAUCUGACUAAAAUUAUUCUCUCUCAAUA